AUGGAUAUCAAUUUUUCUCAGGAGAUGGUAGCAAAGACGCUGGCAGAAAUGUCAACUAUCGAAAUCCUAGGAGGGCAAAGCAAAGCAUUUCAACAAAGGAGUAGGACUCAAAUCGACCAAGACGCCAACAAAAGACUCACCACUAUGGCUCAAUCAUUCAUGGACCUUCUACCACAAAGCCUUCACCCAUUCGACCACGAUAACUCACCAAGAUCCUCCAGAGCUUUCCAGCGAAUGGGCCAUGAAUGUUUCCCGUUUCCCUUUUCCGAUUCAAACGUUGACGACAAACCUCUCCUCUGGUUCCUACCUGAUAACGAAUAG